AAUUUUGCGCGAUCCAUUAACAUCAUUCGAUUUACGAAAAGAACAUCAGUUUAUGAGACUUUUAUUAUUAAAAUAUUUGCAGCACGAAACAGUUUUUUUGAAAUAAGUAUUGAAAGAAAUAACGCGGAAGUUUUUUUGACAUUCGAAUUCGGAACGAGCAUUUAACGUGGAAUUUAUUCAUAUCAAACUCAAAAAAUUAGAAUUACAUUUGUGCUCUGGUCACGGAGUUAAACUCGACCUUACCAGUAACCAAUUAAAAUGAAGAAGCGCGCCAAAAAAUGUUAGAAUCAUGAUGCCUGAUUAGAAUUGAUGAUUGCUCAAUAUUGUUUGUUGUAUUAUUUGUUUUUUCUGUUGUUAACUUUCUAACGUUGAGUCAGCGAAAGAUUGAAACAUUAUUUAUAAUAUAGAACUGAAAUAACAGAAAGUAGAAUUUGAUAAAGAUAACGAAUAUUCAAACUCAAAUAUUUUUGUAAUCAUCUUAGAAAUCAUUACUGAUUUUAAUAAUGAAAUAAAAAGUUUUUACCAAAUUAGAAAGAAGAAAGUGUGUUUCUAGAAAAAGUAUUUUAAAGGAGAUGUAUUACUGAUACGUAAAAGCAAAUUCUUCGAGCCACAGGAAAAAAAAUGAAAAAUGAAUAUAGUGAUUCUACUACAGAGUUAUUAAAUACGCCUUCUGAAAAUCAAAUUGACAUUUCAGGCGCUAAAGUAAAGCGAAACAUAUAUUUUACAGAUAAUUCUAUUAAAUACGAAAAUAUUGAAAUGAAACAAAAAAAAGCAUUUUCUAAAGUAAAUGAUAAACAAAGUCACUAUAAACGGAAAUUGAGCAGAGAAGAAUCAACCACAAUAACAGAAAAAAAAAUAGAAAAAAGAAGAAAAUUCCUUUGUAUAGAUCAAACAAAAAAAUCAAAUGAACACAAUGAAUGUAUUUCAAAAGUUAACAGUUCCAUUCAUUUAAAACACACUUCAAAUUUGCUAAAUUAUUUCAGUAAAGCUAAUUCUGAACAAUUAGAAAGAGAAAGAAAAAAGACAAUUACUAUUGAAGCAGAAGUUCAUAAUUCACAAAGUUUCCAAACUCCUGAAAUGUUAAAUAUGAAACAAAAACAUUUUAAACCAAAAGAUUUAAAUUCAAAGAAUAUAACAGAAGAGUAUGAUGAAAUUUUAUUAGUUCAGUCAGAAACUAUAGUUUUGUCACCUAAUUCAUUUAAUGAUAAGGAAACUGAUUCAUCUAUACAAAAAAAUAAGCCAAAAUGGUCAUUAAAAAUUCAGUUUCAAUCAAAUGGUGUUCAAGGAUCAGAUAAGGAUGAUGAAAUAUAUAUGCCAACUGCAAUAUCUGCUCAAUUAAAAGAAAAUGUCAAAAACUAUAAAAAUAUUCCAAGAGUACUGUUACCAAUGAAAAAUAAGAAAAUAGGAUGGAACAAAUCAUCUUCAUUUAUUGAUGAGAAUAAGGAAAAAAAUUGUAGAAGCCUGAAAACUGAUAUUAAGAAUAUAAACACUGCAAUUCAAGAAAAUAAAGCUAUACUAAUUGCAAAAUCAGGGACCAGUCUUGAUUAUAAAAUGAUACAGAAAAACGAUUUUUACAUAGAAAGUCAAUUUCAGGAUAACAAAUGCAUUAAUAAACAGGACUUAACUUUAAAUAAAACAUCUACAGAAAAAUUGGCACCAUUAUUUUUGAAAAAUUUGAGACCAAUUUCUGAAACCUUGGUAGCAAACCAGUUAUUUUUACAACCAGAAAUUAAUAAAUACACUAACAAUAAUGAAAAGAAAAAUAUUCAACUGAUGGUACAACAAAUUUUACCUUUUCCAAAAAUAAGUCAUAUUGAUCAAAUAACCUCAUGUGUGAGUAGGGUAGAUGAUGAUGGAGUUGAAUUUUUUAAUAUAAUAGGUAAAACAUAUAGUUUUUCUGAAAAAAAAUUGAUUCAACCUUCAUUCAGUUAUUCCAGAAUUAAAACUAUCUCAAUGUUCAAAACUUAUCAUUGGAUUUCUGGCAAAAUUUAUAAUCCCAUAAAAACUGAUAUCAAUGUAGCUUUAGCUCAAUUAAAAACUUAUUACUCAAAGGUAGAAAGUUUAUGGAGAACUAUUUCAAAGCUUUCAAAAUCAAAAAAUUUUAAAGGAUCAGAAGUGAACAUAAAACAUAAGAAAAUGACUUCUUGUCUAAACAAUGAUUCACAAACUAUUUUCUUAUGGACAGAUAAAUAUAAACCAAAUAAGAGUUAUGAAAUUUUAGGCAAUGAAACAGCUGUUUUAACACUAAAAACAUGGCUCAAAAAGUGGAAGUCAUCAAAGACUAAUGAAAAUUACAUUAGCAGUGAAGAAUUUUAUAUUUCUGAUGAUAAUAGCAGUUCAUUGAGUGAUAUGAACAGUAACAAAGUAGCAGUAUUAGUUGGCCCAUAUGGCUGUGGAAAAACUGCUAGUGUGUAUGCUGUUGCUCAAGAACUAGGAUAUAUGGUAUUAGAAGUAAAUGCUUCUUCCAGAAGACCAGGAAAAAAGAUUUUGAAAGAAUUUCAAGAAGCAACUAAAUCUCACAGAGUUAAACAUUUUGAUUCAGAAAACUCUUUUGCAAUGUCAUCAUACCAAAUAGAAGAAGCUGAUCAAAUUUCAAAAAAUUCUCUUAUUUUCAUGGAAGAUGUUGAUUUAAUAUUUGAAGAAGACGAUAAUUUUGUUUCUGCUACAUUUCAAUUAGCAUCCAAAACUAAACGGCCAAUUGUUAUGACCCUAAGAAAUCCAUGUUCACAUUUAGUUAAAAUGGCACCUCGGCAGUUACAGAUUAAUUUUAAACCUAUAGUUGGUGAAAAAGUAGCAGUUUUAUUACAACUUAUUGUUUUGGCUGAAACUGGAUACCAGUUAACCCAAAGCUGUGUAGAUGCAUUGUGCCAAUAUGGAGACUUAAGAAAAAGCCUUUUGCAAUUGCAAUAUCUAUUAAUAUCUGAUAGAGAACAUAUUUCAUACACCUCAUUAGCUCUGAGUGAUUUGUCAUGGUCAAGUAUGAAAAAUUAUAUUUACAAGCCAGCAAUGAAAGUUGAUAAAAUUAUAAGAAAGCAACAUCUUCAAAAUUAUGAAAUCAUGAACAAUCUAGUUGAAAAUUUAGAUAGUUUUAGUUUAGUGUCAAAUUUGAUGAAUAUUAAAGAUCCAACCAACAUUUUAAUUAAUGUAAAAUAUGAACCAAGUACUUCUUUAAUGCAAAAUAUUUUAACUUAUUGUAGUUUAGAUGAUGUAAGUUUGGAAAUAGGUAAUGUGAUAAAUGAUUCAGUGAAAAAUGCUGUUUUAAGUAUUUGCAAAGAAAAAAGUAAUGAUUCAUACUAUGUAAAUGAGAUAUUCAAAACAUCAUCAAAAGGACAACAUAUAAUUCAUAUAAAUUCCAUUUUAUCAAAAAUUCCAUCAUUUUCAUCAGAUCAUAAAUCAGUAAUUUUAGAUUAUCUUCCAAGUAUUAGAGAUAUAUGCAGAGCAGAAAAAGUAAGAAAUCAUUUGAACAAUAAACGGGGCAAUAGGUUUUUCCAUUAUUUACAAAAUUCAAGAUUUUUUACUGGAUCUAUGAAAACGAGCAAUAUUUUCUCUGCAGCAUGCAAAAUGUUACAAGAAUAAUUUAUAUAUUUAAGUCUUCAAUGUGGUAACAGUUAUUUUGUAAAAACAUAAACUGAAUUUAUUAAAAAUUUUCGGAUAAAUAUGAAAAUUUUAAUAAAAAUUAAUUUCAUCUACAAGAGUGAACAUUCUUUAUUUGACCAUAUUAAACAUUAUUAUAUCAAAGACAAUUAGUAUUGAUUCAUAAAAAUUAUAGAUAGGAAUGAGUGUUUUUUCAUUCUGUAGAUAAUUGACUUGUGGGUGAAUUUGCACACUUUUUAAGAAAGGUAUACAAUUUAAAAGGUGUGAGUAGAAGAUUGCUGAUUACACUAAAUAUUAUACAUUUAUCAAUAAAUAGUUAUCAUCUAAUUUUGUAGUGACCUAAAACAUGUGAAAUUAAUUUUAUUCAUUAGGUAAGUGAAUAGAUUCCAAUGUAUAUCGACAAACAAAAAAAUUGUCAAUUGUUGAAUUGUUCUAUAGGAAUAUAGAGAAAAAUCCAUAUUAUACUCUUUUUAAAUUUUACUGCAAUAAUUACUAUAAUACAAAUUGAUUAUUGCAUAAUUUGAAGAAGCUGGCACUUAUUUAGAUUUUUUAUUACAAUUUUUGUACUUGAUUUGCAAGCACCUAAUCAAUAAAUUUCCAUUUUGAACAUAUUAAUUUUUGCCUCAUAUACCACACCUAGAAUUUUCAAUGGAAAUAUUUAUUUUUAGUUAACUAAUAAAUAUAAAAUUCAGAUUAGCUGUCAGCUCAAAAUAAUGCUGCAAAACCUUUAUGUAUAAU